AUGUCGGGCUCACGACAGCAGCCUGGACUGGCUUGCGAGGAAUGCCGCAAAAAGAAACUUAGAUGCGAUAGGCGACGACCUCAAUGUGACCAGUGCGAGGAUUCUGGUACAGCUUGCCUUGUAAAUCAGAUUCGCUCGCCACGCGGCCCCAAGAAGGGACAUCUCAAGGCUUUGCGCAAUCGCAUUGCCACACUGGAAAGCAUUAUAAGUUCUGAUGAGGGAAAUCUCGUUCCGAAGGAAUUGUUGAACUGUAGUGAGAAUUGUCAUUCCGACGAGCCAGCUCAAUUGCUCAGCCCACCCCACGAUUAUAUCCCUAAUCCCACCAAGACGGAAUACCAUGGCAUCCCCUACUCCAUUGAGGGAUCAAAAAUAACCUCACCUAUUAUACCAAUGACCUCACCUGAUACUGAGAACUCAGAUAUAAUUGAGGCAGAUCUAGUACACCCUGUUGCACCGAUGAUCCACCAAGGCCGGUACUUCUCCUGGUCACAGAGGUUCAACAAACCAGCAUCUUACAUUUGCUUGCAAUUCGCAAUGUGGGCACUUGCAGCGGCGUCAUCGGCCCAUUUACAGCACAUGCGGGAGUCUCUCUAUACCCGUGCGCGGUCCGGGAUUGAGGCUUUAAAUCACGAUAUCGAAUCUACCAGUGCGGCCUGUCUCCAGGCAGCACAAGCAUGGCUUCUCCUAACACAUUACGAGUUCCGCUACAUGACCUACCGCCGAGCAUGGCUUACCGCAGGGCGCGCCUUUCGCAUUAUCCAACUUGCCAAAUUACACGAGAUCGAUCGGCUCAAUGACGUGAGCAUAAACAUGGCCCAUCCCGAAGCAUGGGCUGAGGCUGAGGAAAAGCGACGGACCUACUGGCUAGCCUAUUGUCUAGACCGAUUCCUCAACAUCUCUGACGAGUGGCCUCUAAGUCUACACGAGGAAGUGCUCUGCGUAUAUCUCCCCGUCUCGGAAUCAGAUUUCCAACACAGCAGACCAGUCCUUAUGGACUCCUUAUAUGACGAGAUCGAGACCUCGGGUCAGAAGAUGCUACCGCCUUUCGCGGAGACAAUCGUCCUGAUUACGCUAUGCUGGCACAGCGUUGCAUUCCAGCGCGCCGCCCAUGGUGACAAAACAUCUCCGACAGACGGAGAUACCUGGAACCGCCAUACUCGACUCUACCAAAUGGUACAACAGCGUCUGAUGCUGGUCUCACUACCCCCUUCCUCGCCCGAGCUCCACGAUCCCAUGCGUCUCUUCACAAACAUGCUUGCCAAUGCCGCAGUCAUAUGGUUCUACAACAUAAUGGAGACCCUGCAUGUAGAAAUUGACGAGGAGAUUAUACUCGUUCCUCUCUACUCUGCGUACGAGAUAGCGCAUGCGUUUUCCCCCAUGCUACUCUAUCUCUCGGCAAAGUUUCUCAAGACACAUGCCGAUCAACUGAGUACGUGUGUCCCCGUAUCGGAGGAUAAACAGGAGAAGUUGGAGGAUUUGAAAAAGGCUUUGCGAGUCUUGCAGGGUGGGAAUAAUUUAGCGACGAGCUACUUGGAGCUGCUUGACUCCGACUCCGACUCGUUCAACAAAUUGUGCAACCUGUCGACGGCUCAAGGGUGUACUAUCUCUGAAGUUGCAGGUCAGAGGGAGCCACCUUUCUUUUUGGAUAUCAUGAAUCUUUUGUAG